UUGAAGCAUGGCUCUGCCGCGGAGCGCGCCGUAAACUGCGGCUGACGCACUCAAAUAGUCCGCAGAAAUUCAUCUGGAGAGUAAAAACGGGAUUAAAAGAGAAUUAUGGAUGAAUCAGAAAGGAUGGAAACGCUGAUCAGGAGGAGGUGUCUUUUUGGCUGUAUCAAAAAGUGAUCAACAACUGGAUGUUACUGCUGGCGGAAAUGACGAAGACAACGACAGGAAGUGCCUGCGAAAAGUCUCUUGUAUGGAGAAGAUGCUAACUGGGAGUGAAGGGAAUCGGUAUUAAUGCAGCCUGAUGCUGUUUGCAGGUAACUGAGGUGUGUUUGGAAGUGUUGGGAUAAAUCCAGUUUUCUUACUAAAUCACAGAAAACCAGAGGAAUCCUAGAAAACAAGGACUGAGCAGGACUCAGGAUAAACCAGUCGCUAGUUAAACCUUUCUAAAACCUCCUACAUGAGAAGAAGUUCUCCAAAUGAAGAAGAAGAAAACAUGGCAGCAGGUUGGGGGUCACAGCUCUCACUACCCGAUUCAGAUUAAAUGAGCAUCGCCGUCGGUUAUCAAACACGCAGUCAUGACCCACAACCUCAGCUCCAGACUCGACACACCGACCAACAUCUCCCUGAGCGCCGCCGUCGCCGUCUCCGACUCGCUGGAGUACAAGACGAUCUCGGUGUUCCUGGUGCUGCUGGUGUGCUGCGUUGGCAUCGUGGGGAACAUCAUGGUGGUCCUGGUGGUCGUCACCUCGCGCCACAUGAGGACGCCCACCAACUGCUACCUGGUGAGCCUGGCCAUCGCCGACCUGACGGUGCUGGUGGCGGCCGGGCUGCCCAACGUAUCCGACAGCCUGACGGGAACCUGGAUCUACGGGAACGCCGGAUGUCUGGGCAUCACCUACCUGCAGUACCUGGGGAUCAACGUGUCCUCGUGCUCCAUCACCGCUUUCACCGUGGAAAGGUACAUUGCUAUCUGCCAUCCCAUCAAGGCUCAGACGGUGUGCACGGUGUCGCGUGCGAAGCGGAUCAUAACCGGCGUCUGGAUCUUCACCUGCGUCUACUGCAUGCUGUGGUUCUUCCUGGUGGACAUUCAGGUCGGCCAGGACGGACAUGUGCAGUGUGGCUACCGAGUGAAACGGGAGCUCUACCUCCCCAUCUACCUCAUCGACUUCACCAUUUUCUACGUCAUCCCGCUGCUGCUCGCCAUCGUGCUGUACGGCCUGAUAGCACGGGUGCUCUACCUCAGCCCUCUGCCGAGCCACACCGAAACCAGCGCCACCACACUGCGAAGGAGCUGUCGCGAAACAUCGCUGGCCGCGAGGACGGGCCGGCAGGGCCGGCCCAAGACGCCGGUCUCCUCCAGGAAACAGGUGACGAAGAUGCUCGCCGUGGUGGUGAUCCUUUUCGCCCUGCUGUGGAUGCCCUACCGGACCUUGGUUCUGAUCAACUCCUUUGUGUCCACACCUUACCUGGACUCCUGGUUCCUCCUGUUCUGUCGGACCUGCAUCUACGCCAACAGCGCCAUAAACCCCGUGAUUUACAACGCCAUGUCUCAGAAGUUUCGCUCCGCGUUUCGGGGGCUGUACAGCUGCCAGCGAGUGGAGGGGAACCAACGGAUGCUGUCCACCGCCCAGACCUGCCUUGGUACCGUUCGAGACCCGAGGCCUGCCCUGCAGAACAGCAACCAAGUCGAUGAAAAGGAGACGCGGGCCGUCCUGGAGCCUUCCUCGAAUUCAACGUCAAAACUCCACAGGAGCGAACAUCAGGAGAUGGCGGCGGUGAACGGGAUGACGGCAGAUCAUCGACCCGACGGCCAGGAAUUAGAUCAGUCGGUUAACAAAACGCUUGGUUCUGCAGACAAAACCAGUCAAUAAUGUGAAUAAUGUAGAUACAUUAUGUACCAUGUGAAUAUACUCAUCUACUCAUA